AGAUCAUCACAUAUGUCACUUAGUUGACCAAAUAGCUUAUGUAAAAACACUUUAUGUUGGCCCUUGUUCCAACUCCAGAUCUAUAACAAAAUUCAAAGCAGACCUAACUUCUAUUUUCUCUCAAGAGUCUUCGAAACCUGUAACAAUGGUCAGACAAGAAGUGAAAGUUUAUGGUGCACAGGAAAGCGCCUUCAGCAAAAGAGUCGAAAUUGCUCUUAAACUGAAGGGAGUGGAAUAUGAAUAUGUAGAGGAGGAUCUGCUGAUGAAGAGUCCUGAACUACUCAAGUAUAACCCUGUACAUGGAAAAGUUCCGGUGCUGUUGCACAAUGGAAGGCCAAUUGCAGAGUCGCUGGUUAUUCUUGAAUACAUUGAUGAAACCUGGGAUUCAGGCCCAUCCAUCUUGCCUAAAGAUCCUCUUGAACGUGCCAAUUCGCGGCUUUGGACCAAACUCAUAGAUGAUAAGUUAUUAGGCGCGGUGUGGAAGUAUGUCACGAGCCAAGGCAGAGACCAAGAUGCCAUCGACAAAAUAAAUGAGGUGCUUGGUGUACUGGAGAAUGAACUCAAAGCAAUGAAGUUCUUUGGAGGUGAGAGUAUCGGGUUGGUUGACAUUGUGGCUAAUCUUGUAGCUCUUUGGCUUGAUGUUAUUCAAGAAGUUUUCGGUACCAAGAUAUUUGAGAAGGAAAAGUAUCCAAAAUUAUCUACAUGGACCGAGGACUACAUGAAUUGCAGCAUUGUAAAAGAUACUUUGCCGUCUAGAGCCCAUUUACUUGCAUUCUGGAGAAGUCGCUUCCCUUCGGCCCCUGCUUCCAAGUGAUUACAUUAGUGUGAUCAUAUGUUCUUACUUAGAAGUUCAAGUCUGGAACAAUUAUGUGUCACAGACUGACGUUUGUAAGGCUUUAUCCGAUUGUAUGAUGACAAAAGUUUUUUUC